AUGACGCCCCUCAGUCCACCACCCGUACCAUUGGACAUCCAAUAUACCCACGCCUCGGACCUGGCUGCCCUCGUGCGCGUGGAGAUCCGCUCGUUUCCGGCGUCCAAUUACAUGCGCAGCACAUACAAGGGAUGCGAUCCGGGGGCCGUCCACACCUUCAAAACCGUCUCCGCCCUCGAGUACUUCGCCAACCCCGAGUGCCAUAUCCUGGCGGGCGUCCUUGGGAGGACUGGUGACAUCAUCGCCUACGGCCGCUGGCAUAUCCCGGCGGUGUAUGGGUGCGAGAGAGCCGUGGGCACCGGUCUGAGCAGCGACGCGCAAGCGCAGAUGCGGGAUGCGUGGGCGUACGCCCCGGAGUUGGUGAACAGGGGUACCUACUCGUUCUACGAGGAGAUGAUCACGCGGAGUAGGGGCGCUCAUCUCAGGGAGACUGAUUUUGUCCUGGAGCUGCUGUGCGUCCUGCCGGAGUACCAAAGGAUGGGAAUCGGGAGUGCGUUCCUCGAAUGGGGCAUCGAGAAAGCAGACGCCUGUAACGCCCGGAUUUACCUGGAGGCGACGAUGGAGGGGGUGCCGGCGUAUUUGAAGCACGGGUGGGAGGUCGUCGAGGAGGUAGAGCUGGAUCAUAGCGAGCGUGGUGGGGAGGGGAGUCAGAGGUUCGCGUUGAUGAUUAGAGAGCCUCAGGGCACUGGGUUGGCUUGA